GCCCGGGCAGCCAGGCCUCGUCCAGCCUCCCAGGUGGCUGGGUCAGGACGAAGGGAGACAGGGCAGAGGUGUCUGCAUGGGCCACCCCAGGGGCUGGAGGAGGUGUGGAAUGGAACCGCAUCGGGUGACGGCGCAGCGCCCCCGUGGUAAAGUCCAGCUUAUAUUCAGCGUCCGUGGCUCUUCCUUGGAAAGUGUUUAAGGCGCUUUUGCUGCAGUAGCCCAGGACCAGCCUCGGCGGGACCUGAUGUCACCUCCGGAGGCCCCAGGUCCAAGCGGGUGACUUUACUGCCUGCAAAAAGGAGGUGGGUGGGAACAGAACUCCACAGCCGUGUCUGCAGAGCAGAGGGUUCUGCUCAUUGCGAAAGCACAGGAGGGAGCGUCAAGAGCAGUGACAGCGAAGCCACCGGCACACGGACCCGAGUGGCACUUCUGGGAGCCGGGCCCUUGGGGAAUUUUAGCCCACGCACAUGGAAGCUACGUGGAGUGUAACGUGCUCAUUUACACCAUCUCGCGUUCGUAUUCUGCGAUACACAGGCAUGUCACACACAAUCAAUGUCACAGCGACACUGUCCGCGCGCGACCGUCUGCGCAAUCACUCGGGAAACCGCUGCCGCGAGACCCGGAACCUCCUGACUGGCCGGAGCAGAUAGGACCCUCAGGCGGCGCACCACACACGGAGCCAGCGGCACUACAAGUCCCAGCAGCCCUCGGGGAGAGGACGGGAUGCAGCUGCCGGAGUCCGGAAAGACUACAAGUCUCGGCAGGCACGGCGCGGGGACUACAAGCCCCAGAAUGCAUCGCAUAACUUGCGCAUAGCACCGUGGGAUGUGUAGUUGUCGCGGGAGCAAUGCCCGUCACUCAGUCUCAAAGAGGAAGCAUGUUCCUCCAACUGGCCCCGGACGCGACCGUUUUCGCUCUAGCAAGAAGCGGAGGCGUACGAAAGGGCUGUGAGAGCCUAGGGAGCUAAUUCUCGGCGCGGGAGACGGAAGCCUGCGCAUGCUCGUCGGAGUUCGCAGAAGAAAGCGCGCGCAGGAGGAGCCAAGCGCAGGCCCCGCCCCGGGCAAGGCGCCCCGCGUCCAGGGAGCCUGCGCAGAGGGCGGGGCUCGGAGCGUGGGGAGGUGCUCGCGGCGCCUGCGCAGAGCGGCGGCUUCUCUCGCGAGGACGGACGCCAUUAUCGCAUCUCCUCGACAAACACCACGAGAAUUCCGCAGCCCACACGGUGACAGCCACCCAGGCGCCCUGUGAAUUGGAUUCUUGCCCCUUGACUGGGCCCUCUUCUCGAAUUCUGGAUGAUGUCAGAACAGGACCUGGCGGAUGUGGUUCAGAUCGCAGUGGAAGACCUGAGUCCUGACCACCCAGUUGUUUUGGAGAACCAUGUGGUAACAGAUGAAGACGAACCUGCUUUAAAGCGCCAGAGACUAGAAAUCAAUUGCCAGGAUCCGUCCAUAAAGCUCCUGAGGCCAGAGGUCCAGAGGCAAGGAGUGAACAAGGCCACUGUCCUCUGGAGGCCGCAGUCUUUCCUGUACUCCAUUAACCAGACGAUAUGCUUACGGUUGGAUAGCAUUGAGGCCAAGCUGCAGGCUCUGGAGGCGACGUGUAAGUCCCUGGAGGAGAAGCUGGACCUGGUCACCAACAAGCAGCACAGCCCCAUCCAGGUCCCCAUGGUGGCGGGCUCCCCGCUUGGCGCCACCCAGACCUGCAACAAAGUGCGAUGCGUCGUCCCCCAGACUACAGUAAUUCUCAACAAUGAUCGGCAGAACGCCAUUGUAGCCAAGAUGGAAGACCCCUUGAGCAACAGGGCACCGGAUUCCCUGGAAAAUAUCAUUAGCAAUGCUGUGCCUGGACGUCGGCAGAACACCAUUGUGGUGAAGGUGCCGGGUCAAGACGACAGCCACAACGAAGACGGGGAGAGCGGGUCGGAGGCCAGCGACUCGGUGUCCAACUGUGGCCAGCCCGGGAGCCAGAGCAUCGGGAGUAACGUCACGCUCAUCACCCUGAACUCGGAAGAGGAUUACCCCAACGGCACCUGGCUUGGUGACGAGAACAACCCCGAGAUGAGGGUGCGCUGUGCCAUCAUCCCCUCCGACAUGCUGCACAUCAGCACCAACUGCCGCACCGCUGAGAAGAUGGCGCUCACGCUGCUGGACUACCUCUUCCACCGCGAGGUGCAGGCCGUGUCCAAUCUGUCCGGCCAGGGCAAGCACGGGAAGAAGCAGCUUGAUCCACUCACCAUCUAUGGCAUCCGGUGUCACCUUUUCUAUAAAUUUGGAAUCACGGAAUCUGACUGGUACCGGAUCAAACAGAGCAUUGACUCCAAAUGCCGGACAGCGUGGCGGCGAAAACAGCGAGGGCAGAGUCUGGCGGUCAAGAGCUUCUCCCGGAGGACGCCAUCCUCGUCCUCUUACAGUGCCUCAGAGACCAUGAUGGGUACCCCACCGCCUGCCCCCGAGCUGCAGCAGCCGCAGCCGCAGGCCCUGCACUACACCCUGGCCAAUGCCCAGCAAGUGCAGAUCCACCAGAUUGGAGAGGACGGCCAGGUGCAAGUAAUCCCGCAGGGCCACCUCCACAUAGCCCAGGUGCCGCAGGGGGAGCAGGUGCAGAUCACGCAGGACAGCGAGGGCAAUCUGCAGAUCCACCACGUGGGCCAGGACGGGCAGGUGCUGCAGGGAGCCCAGCUCAUCGCCGUGGCCUCUUCAGACCCUGCCUCGGCUGGCGUGGACGGGUCACCUCUCCAGGGCAGUGACAUCCAGGUGCAGUAUGUCCAGCUGGCGCCCGUGAGCGAGCACACAGCCACGGCACAGACGACUGAGAGCCUGCAGCCCGCCCUGCAGCCUGAGAUGCAGCUGGAGCACGGGGCCAUCCAGAUCCAGUGAGGCGGGGCGGCCACCACCACCGGGACUGCGACACACCAGCGGGCCCAGCUCCGACCUGGUCCCCUUGCGCCCUGCUCGCGCAGCUUGGGCUGGCGGUGACUGCGCAACUUCUGCUGCGUGCGGCUGAAAGCCUCCUCUGCCACUGGGGACAGUGUCCCUCCUGGCCGUCCCCCAAAGGGAGGCCCUCGGCUUGAGCCAUGCUGCCAGCAUCUGCAGAGGAGUCAUAGCACGGAGCACAUUCGUCACUUGGAAAAUCAGGAACUACAAUAUUUUGUUUAAACAGCUUUUUUUUAAUUUGCUAUGGUGUUUAUAACAAAAAAGAAAAUUGGAAAAAAAAACUGGAGAAGCAGAAGCCUUUUGCUGUUGUGCUCUGUUCAGGUCAUGAAACAGGUGUUUGCGAAAGAAACUAAUGAUUUUGAUGGGGAUAUUGCUUACCUACUUUUCUAGGGGGGAUGCCUCCACACACUGUAAUUAUGCAUUUCUAAUGAAAUAAAGUGUAUUUAUGAGCACAGCA